CAAGUACACCGUUUUGCAUAUGGAGGACGACCAGAGAACUACCCCAAACUCCGGCGAAAAAAGCCCGGAUACAUCGCCGGAGAUGUCAUCCUCCGACUUCGAGUUUGGAUCUUUGACUCCUUCUUCCCCUUCCUAUUCAGAACAUUCUCCCGCCGAUCACCUUUUUCUCAACGGCCGUCUAUUACCACACACUUUUCCGAUGACCCGUUCGGCGUCACGUACGACCAGCGAAAACACAUUCCGGAGCGACAGCACGAGCAGCCGGAGUAGUGUUAGCAGUAGCCCGACAUCUUUUACUCCAAGAACAAGCACUUGCAGUGUCUUCAAAGAAGAAACUAACGUAACUUGUUUUGGUUCUCGGUCUGAGAAGACUAGGAGCGUAAAGUCAGGGACUUGCGGCAUGAGAAACAUGUCAUCCUCAAUAUUGGAUUUAAAGAAGCCACCAUCGAACAAUGGUAAAAGAGUAUAUACUACGACGACGAAUAGGCUUUCAUAUAUCCCCACGCAGUGCAAGAGAAAGAAGGCGACGGAGAUAGUGACGGCGCAGCUUUACGGGUCGUAUACGAGGCGGUGGCAGCAUAUAACUCCGGUGUUUAAAAGAGAAGGGUCGGUGAAAAGUAACGGAGGAGGGAUUAAGGUUGGUGGAAGGAAGAAAAAGACGGUGAGGGGGAAGAAGAAGAAGAAGGCGGAGGAGAGAAGAGGAAGUAAGUUAAUGAAGUGGUGGAAGAGGGUUUUGAAGGCGGUGAUGUUGGCUUGCAGAGAGUGUCAUGCAAUGGAGCCUCAACGAGUUGUUAAUUAUGAUGCUGAUGUAAAAGAGAAAAUAACUAAAUGUUCAUAAAGAAUUGCAUUGUGUGUGUUUUGUUUUUACCUAUUUGCUUAAAAAA